AAGUGAGCAGAUGAGUAGUCUACCUUAGAGCGAGUAUGUAGUCUAAAGACGAGGGAGUCUUGACUCACUCUAGUUGAUCAAAGAUGGUGAAGAUUGAACCAGUCCCGAGUAAUUUCUCGUGUGGUGCGAUAAAUCUGGAUUUUACGCACGCCUUCUUACCCACGGUAUUCAUCCUGGUCUUCAUCUUCGGGACGGUUUUCAAUGUCUGGGGUCUCCGGGGCGUGUACAAGGGCUGGAAGAAGAUGGGAAACAUAAACGUGUUUGUGCUGAACCUCGGAAUAGCGGACUUGUUGUAUGUUUUUACGCUGCCCUUUUUGAUCCACUAUUACGCGCAAAAGAGCAAAUGGACUUUUGGAGCCGCCUUCUGUAAAUUGACCAGAUUCUGCUUCAACCUCAACCUGUACGGCAGCAUCGGCUUCCUCACGUGUAUCAGUAUCUACAGAUACCUGGGCAUCGUCCACCCCAUGAGGGUCAUGGGGAAGAUCAGCACCAGACACUCCGUAGUAAUCAGCGCCGUGGUUUGGACUCUGGUUCUCAUCCAAAUCCUCCCAGAUAUGUCCUUUGAAAAAACGAGCAAUUCCUCCCAGUCGUGCUACGAUACCACGGAGGACAGCCGGAUCGACGGAUACCUGUCGUACAGCCUAGGCUGGAGCAUCACGGGGUUCGCCGUCCCGCUGCUCAUCAUCCUGGCCUGCUACGGCCACGUGGUGGUUGUCCUCGCCACGAACGCCAACGUGAACGCACUGCUGAAGCAACGGUGUCUGAAGCUGGUGAUCAUCCUGACCAUUCUGUUCGCCAUCUGCUUCAUCCCUUACCACGUGUUCCGUUAUCUCAACCUGCAGAGCAGGAGAUCAAAGCUUCAAGGGGUCUGUCACGCCAACUUCAGGAUCAUCUACAUCGCCCACCAGGUGGGCCGGGGUCUGGCCUGCCUCAACAGCGCCCUGAACCCUCUCAUGUACUUAGUGGCAAAUGAUGAUUUUCUGAUGCAUUUACAUAAUCUGAACCAACAAGCCAGACUGUCUCUGGCCGGUUGGAAGACCGCCGUCCUUUACCGCAAAACCUCGAGGAUGGAAGAGUCUUGAGACUGGAGAACAAACUCUUUUACCUGUCUUUUCUGGCCUUAAAGCAUUUAUCAUGGUCGAAUAUGUGCUGGUUACAAUCUAGUUCAUGAUAAUAUAUGUGCUUAAGGAGAUACUUUGCGUAAAUAAAUCAGUGCCUUGGGACAUAACUAAUGGAUGUCCCUCAAAAACCUUUUGGAAUAAAAGCUUCAAAUGUACUACCACAGAUUUGAUACUGCUCUAAAUUGUGUCAUACUCAAACACAAGUUGUCUGGCAGUCAGGCCAUGCAUAGAUCGAACUCUGAUUUAUGUGUAUUACUGCUGUAACUGAAGGCUAAUAUUUGUACUUAAGCUUGUCCCCUGGUCCUAACACUGCUUAAUGUACUCAAUGUUCAUGUAAGUUAUCCUUUGUAUAUAUGUGUACGACUGUAAAUCUGCACCUUGCCAUGCUAUAGCUUGUCAAGCUGUGUGUAUAAAGCAAAACCAUUCGCCUAAUCUGGCUCAUGGUGUGAUAAGUUUGUGUGUUCAUCGCACCUGGCCCCGCCCUGAUGAUGAAGAGUUAAAGUGACCUUAAAGUUAGCUUUCAGAAAGGGCCUGAAAUGUGCUAUUGUUUGUGUUCAUGAAUAAAAGCAUGUCUUUUGUAACCA